AUGUCGUCCAUCAAUAUCGACGAGCGCUCCUCCUUGUUCGUCGGCGAUCUCCACCCGGACGUGACCGAAGAGAUGCUGCUCAACACCUUCAUCCCCUUUGGUCCGAUCUUCUCUGUGCGGGUGUGCAGGGACAGGGAGACAUUGCUCUCCCUGGGGUAUGGCUAUGUUAAUUUUGUUAAUCUCGCUGAUGCUGAGAAUGCCCUAGACACCCUCCUCUUCCAGGUGCUUAUUGACAGGCCCAUGAGGAUCAUGUUUUCCCAGCGAGAUGCCACACUUAGGAAGACCGGGAUCGGAAACAUCUUUAUUAAGGGUCUGGCGAAGAGCAUCAAUAGCCUGGCUCUCUACGACACCUUCUCCACCUUUGGUGACAUCCUCUCGUGCAAGGUGGUCUGUGAUAAGAACGGCUCCAAGGUGUAUGGCUACGUCCACUUUGCCACCUAUGAGGCUGCAGAGAUGGCCAUUAGGAAACUAAAUGGCAUGAUGUUAAAUGACCAAAUAGUGUCUAUUUGCCACUACAAAUUAUACGAGGAGCGUCAGGCUGAGCGGAUGGCCAGUUUUGAGACAAGGAAUCAGGACCACCAGAGGCAGUACCCGGGUGUGUGUCUCUAUGUGUCCAAUCUGCCGUACAACAUGCACAACGAGCAGCUCCGCACAGCAUUCUCCCCCUUUGGAACUGUCAUCAGUGCAAAGAUGAUGAUGGAGAACGGGUGGAGCAAAGGUUUUGGAUUCGUGGCCUUCAUCUCAGCUGAAUCUGCCACUAAGGCUGUGGCAACAAUGAACGGCCGUGUUGUUGGCGGCAGACUUUUAAGUGUUGUCCUGUCCCUGCACAACCAGGAGAAGUCCCGACCUGGCAACAAUGAGCAUGAGAAUGAGUCACCACCUCCUGCUCUGCGCCCCAUCCCGCCUGAUGUGCCCUCUGGACAGUUUGUGGCCACUGUUCCUCAGGUUCCCGACUCCGUGAGUGUCUGUCCUGUUAACCAGCUGGUGCGGCUCCAACCAAACUCUCGACGGGCUGCAGUGGGUGUUCUCCCUCAGGGUGAGAGUCUCCGCCCACUGAUCUCUGCAGCCCUAUUGGACGUUUUGAACUCUGAGCUGCCACACCUGCUGAUAUCAGUUCCUUUUAACUGCAAUGUCAGUGCUCAGGGAACCUCAUUCUUAUAUAUGGCUACUGAAAUCAGCAACAGUCGAAAGUACUUCUUCAUUGCUGGGAGGCUGGCUCAUAAAGUCUUUGGAGAGCACAUUCACAUCAGGUCUGAGCUGCUCCACAUCCUGGACCGUUCUAAGUCUCUACGCCUUAAGAAGACUUCACCACCUACUGAUCCAGCAGCAAUUUUUCAGCUCUCCAACGGACUCUCCGCUCAGGCUGAUGUACUGGGAGUUCAUCAGCAACAAUUACAACAGCUGACCGCAUUGACAGAGGAGAUGGUGAAAACCUUCACCUAUCCGUGA